AUCAAGCCCGAGUCGAAAUUGAGUAAAGCCGCCGAAAUGCAUGUUCCGCUUGCACGCGUCCGAGCCUUUCCCGGCAUUGGCAGCAUGCGCAGUUAUUUGUGCCUUCGUGAAUGGAACUGCUGCGGGCCAUACCACCGCAGCGAGGCGCUGGCCCCCACCCCUGAGGCCACGCUGCGUGCCCGCUUCGCCGCGUUCAACAAGGCUGAGCCUGACUACAUCCUCAACACCACCCACCCCGACUACCACAUACACCAGUACAACGUGCCCACCCCCGGCGGCGCGCAGGACCGUCUUCGCGAGGACGUGGCGACUGGCUGCAACCGCUUCGCAUACACAGGCCUGAAGAUCGUUAAGACGGAGCCGGGCGUCAACGAGUACGAGGGCUAUGUGGCAUAUGAGUACCUCAGCCGCAAACGCUCCGCGCCGGGGGCGCCCAUCACGGAGGCCGAGGUGAAGGACGCCGCCGCCUGGAGCCGCACCGCGGAGCGCGGCCGCUUCCUGAAGACCAGCACGGGGCUGUGGCAGUUCGUGGACGCCCAGACCGCCACCUUUGACGCCAGCAUGCUGUCGGGGCUGCAGGAGCCGGCAGCGGCGCAGUAGGCAGCAGACAGCAGACAGCAGGUCCCGGAAGGUGGGGGCACGCGUAGAGCGCCAAGCCAGGAGAGCAAGCACGCAGCAGAUGAGCGCGUGCACAGGAAGGCCGUGUGGGGGUCUGGGUCUGGGUCUGGUCUGGGUCGGGUUGGAGGAUGGAGGUGAGGAGGUGACUGUAAUAAGUUCCGCAGGGACUGGCGAGCGGAGGCUGCUGACGGUGUAUUGACGGGUGAGCAGUUCGUACUGUCAGAUGCGUGGCGACGAUGGUGAUGGGGACAUAGGGUAGGGUUGGUUUGGAGACAACAUGGCCACUUUGGGACAACGGGCGAGUGCUGGGUAAGCGCAACCGAGUCUACGCGACCGGGUGCUCCAACAGCGAGGGCACUCAUGGUGACGUGGAGAGCAUGAUAGUGAAUAUGUAAAUACUUUUCAGG